AUGUGUGAUAUCAAUUGCGAAAUUAUCCGGUAUUUGGUUGAUUCAUUCGUGAAUAGUCAAGAAUGGACUUUGUCGAGAGGCGUCCCGGAUCUUCGAUUGGGAAUCGUCGGUUCUCUAUCGUCGGGAAAAUCGGCGUUGGUUCAUCGGUACUUGACGGGAUCUUACAUGCAAGAAGAAUCUCCGGAAGGUGGAAGGUUCAAAAAAGAAAUUUUGGUCGAUGGACAAAGUUAUCUUCUUCUCAUUCGAGAUGAAGGGGGUCCGCCCGAGUUGCAGUUUACCUCGUGGGUUGACGCAGUUAUAUUCGUAUUCAGUUUAGAAAACGAGGCUAGUUUCAAUGCAAUUUACAAUUAUUAUACAAAGAUGGCUCAUUAUCGCAAUUCUUCGGAGAUUCCACUCAUUCUAGUCGGAACUCAGGAUGCAAUCAGUGAAAACAAUCCGAGAGUUAUUGAUGAUUCGAGAGCGAGAAAACUUGCAAGCGAUUUAAAACGUUGCAGUUAUUACGAAACGUGUGCAACCUACGGUCUUAACGUCGAAAGAGUUUUUCAAGAUGCUUGUCAAAAAAUUGUUCAACAAAGACUUAAUAAUCAAAUCACGUCGCAAGUUCCCGGAACGCCGACAAAUUCCAGACCGUCAACGCCGAAUAAUCACUUCAGUUCGAUGAUUCCAAUUGGUAAUGUCGGAUUGCGGCAUUAUUCUCAACCGUCUCCCACGAAUGGAAUCAUAAACACGAGCAGUUCGUCCGGUGGAUCUCCCUCGACUAAUAACACUCUCGCAUCGGCUUCUCCCUGUCACAUACCCCAUAAGGAAUCCAUGAGUCGACAAAUUCACGCGUUGUCCGCAUCGAGUCAUCAACUUCACAGGCAUCCAGAUAUAAUAAGCAAAGCUGACGUUUCCCUAAGGAACGAAGAAAAAAGAGCCGGAAGUUAUGCGACGUUGGGCAUUUCGCAAACUCACACGUUCACCACUGAAAACAACAACACGAAAUUUGGACAGAGUCAAAAUGUAGAAAAUACGGGGACGUCGGGAAAGGAUAAGGAUUUGCCCACUCCUAGUUCUACUCCCACCACGUCUAGGAAAACUAGAAGGCGAUCGAAUCUUUUUACGUCGUCGAAAAAGGGAGAUGACAAAUUGAAAAAUGGCGGCGAGUUGGGAAGUGGAAGAGCGAUACCUCUGAAGCAAGGACUCUUGUACAAAAGAAGUAGCAAGUCUUUGAACAAGGAAUGGAAAAAAAAAUAUGUGACGCUGUGCGAUGACGGGAGACUCAUUUAUUAUCCUAACUUGCAGGAUUACAUGGACAACAUACACGGGAAAGAAAUUUCUUUGCAAUACGUCACGGUAAAAGUUCCCGGUCAAAAGCCGAGAGGAUCGAGAUCUAUAAUUCCAGCGAGCAACGGUCUCAACGACGGUAUUUCGAAUCUCUCCUUAUGUAAUUACGUUGGAAAAGAUAAAAAACUCGGUGAUAAAUCUUCAUUGUCGACUUUUGAUGCCAAUAAAGAUUCAGGUUCUCUGUCUUUGCCGCAACAAAAUGACGAUGGAAUCCCUUCCAACAAUUCAGUUUUCAUUAACGGGGCCGAUCUUAGAAUAGAAACUCCAAAUGUUAAAAAAAGACACAGGAGAAUAAAAAGUAGCGGAGUUAAAAAUGCCGAAUGUGACGAUCCAGACGGAUACGAAUUUUUUAUCGUUAGCCUGGAUAACAAGCAGUGGCAUUUCGAAGCGAGUAAUUCGGAAGAAAGAGACGAUUGGGUUUCCGCCAUCGAACAACAGAUAUUGAAUAGUUUGCAAGGGAACGAAAUAAGCAAGUCUCGAUCUCGAUUCGCAAUCGUCGAUUCGGCUGUUUUAAUAGCCGUUAAAAAUAAAGUACCUGGAAAUGCAUAUUGCGUCGAUUGCGAUGCUCCAAAACCCUGUUGGGCGAGUAUUAAUUUAGGCGUUUUAAUGUGCAUAGAAUGCUCGGGCAUUCACAGAAAUCUCGGAUCCCAUAUUUCAAGGGUGAGAUCAUUAGAUCUCGACGAAUGGCCACCCGGUCCUCUUAGCCUAAUGCUAGCGAUUGGGAACGCGAUGGCGAAUUCGAUAUGGGAAAGAAAUACGGGAGGACAAACGAAGCCAAAUUUUUCUUCGAGCAGAGAAGAGAAAGAACGUUGGAUAAGAGCAAAAUACGAAAACAAAGAAUUUUUGCAAAGUUUAAGUUACAGCACGCCCAUCAAUCAACAACUCAUUGAUGCCAUUUGCAGAGCGGACAUAAAAGCAUUAUUAAUAAUAUUAGCUCAUUCAACUCCCGAAGACGUCAAUUGUACGGUUAGCGGACAAGAUUUAAGAACGCCAUUGCAUUUAGCGUCUGCAAUGGGAAAUUUGCCCGUUGCUCAAUUACUCAUUUGGUACGGAGCAAAUCCGAGGACUUUGGAUCACGAGGGUAGAAGUUGUCUGUCGUAUGCGAUGACGGCUUCGUGCAAAUCCACAACCGACGUCACAAAUUUGAUUAAUUUAUUAACGGACGUUGGCGCGACACCAUCGGAUUCUGGAACAAAUCGUAGGAGUUCAACCGGACGUAAAGAUUUACCAACAUUUAAUAAAGUUACCAUCUAG